AUGGGCGGUUAACUGGCAGAACCGGAUUCUCCAGGUGUGAAGUAAGCAAUUUGUUCUUCUCAGCAAAAGGACAACUUUAUCUCUAACUUAUUUGGCUUCAUAAUUUGGCUUUCAAUUAAGUUAAUGAUAUGAAAAUGUACAGAAAUUGCCUGUGAACUAUAAGAUAGAGACAAAUAAUUUGAUCAAAACGUUACGGAUGAUAGGUUUUCCUCUCACAGGCAGGACUCCAACACCGCAGGUGGAAAAGCAACAAAAGGAACAAGACAAAGGCAUCGUUUCUACAUCCUCAACUGGGUCAUCAUUGAAGAACAUCUUGAACAUCUCCAGUGAUGACAAGCUUAUUAUCUCAUGAAGCAGUUCAUUCCAACUCAGGACAGUUCUGCUUGCGUGAAGAGUCUUCUUUAUACCAGAUCAAACCUCUCUCCAUAUAAUUUCCACCUUUGGAGUUAGGCCAAGUCAGCUUUAGCUCUGGCUCCAGCUCUGAGGCCUCUGCUGCUGAAAGCAGAAAACUAGGAGGAUUUCUCUGGGAGAUAGAUAUAGCUUUGUGAAGCCAACUGAUCCAUGGGGAAAUGCCCACCUUUUCUUUGUUCAACUCAACCACUUUUGCUUCCUAGGAAUAAAGGGAAGAUGAAGGAUCGACUUCAAGAACUAAAGCAAAGAACAAAGGAACUCGAACUCUCUAGAGACAGGCAUGUGUCAACUACAGAAGCAGAGGAACAAGGAAGGAUUCUGCAGCAAGCUGUUAUUUAUGAAAGAGAGCCUGUAGCCGAGAGACACCUACAUGAGAUCCAAAAACUUCAGGAGAGUAUUGACAGUUUGACAGACGAUGUUCAAAAAUUUGGGCAGCAACAGAAAAGUCUGUUGGCUUCAAUGAGAAGAUUUAGUCUCCUUAAGAGAGAGUCGGGCAUUACAAAAGAGAUUAAAAUCCAAGCAGAACACAUCAAGAGAGGUUUGGAUGAUUUGGUAAAAGAAGCAAAAAAAUCAGAGGCUGAAACUGGUCCAUCAUCAGUGGUCACAAGGAUACUUAAAUCUCAGCAUGCCGCAAUGUUCCACCACUUUCAGCAAACCAUGCUGAUAUACAAUGACACAAUAGCAGCAAAACAAGAGAAGUGCAAGACAUUUAUUUUCCGUCAGCUUGAAGUUGCUGGAAAGCAAGUGCCCGAAGAAGAAAUAAAUGAUAUGCUUCAUCAAGGAAAAUGGGAAGUUUUCAAUGAAAGCUUGCUUACAGAAAUCAAUAUCACUAAAGCACAACUCUCAGAGAUAGAACAGAGACACAAGGAACUUGUUAAUUUGGAGAAUCAAAUGAAGGAUUUAAGGGAGCUUUUCAUUCAUAUAUCUCUUUUAGUAGAAGAACAAGGAGAAAGCAUCAACAAUAUUGAAAUGACAGUGAAUGGUACAAAAGAGUAUGUUAACACUACUAAAGAGAAAUUUGGCCUAGCUGUGAAAUAUAAAAAAAGAAAUCUUUGCAGGGCACUGUGUUGUUGGUGUUGUCCAUGCUGUGGCUCAAAAUAAAGAACCUGUUUUAGAAAACUCUUCAGCUUUAGAAUGAAGGAUGCCCUGUAUUUCAGUAUCUUGUUUUUCUUCAUUUCACAGAUUCAUUCACAUACUUUCUUAUUAUUGUUAUAAUUUCCUCCUUUGGUCCUUACCCACUAGAACUGCAUACACUUCCAAAGCCAGUGACAUAAAACGUCUUCAUUUACUAAACUAAAAACAUUAUGCUUAGCUGUUGAAAGUGAGGUGAAUGAUCUUGUUUCUAAUCAGGUAUCAAUCUCUACCAUAUGUUUUUGUAAUUUCCAAUGUCUUUAGGAGAUGAACGUCAGUAAGUGACAACUAGUUAAACAUUCUUUUUGUUCAUUUGAGAAUAUUUUUGUAGGUAAGAAUUGUAUAAAAUAAGACCUCAAAGGAUACUAUAUUCAAGCAAAUUUAACGGCAGCUGUAUCAAAUCUUUUAUGUUCAGAUAUUGCAGAUAAUUCAGUGGUCAACUAAAUCUUGAUAAAAUCCAGCCAUGUACUUGAUGAAGACUCUAGUUGGUAACUAGGAGCUGAAUCUAGUUUAAAGCCUACGAAGGCAAUUAAGGCACUGUUUCCCUGAACUUGGGUUCAUUCGGGACACCGUGUAACAUACAGAGCAGGAAGGUUGGGAAAUGAAGUAAAAAAUAAAGGUAUUCUCAAAAGUUUCUCCAUCACUUUUUUGUAAAGCCAGACACUACACUAGGGGCUAGGGAUAUAACUGGAACUCACAAAGGCAUAGAAAUCUGUAAUUCACACUCUAGUGGAGAAAACAGAUAACAAACAAAUACAAAUAUCAGAUCAUGCUGUCUUGGUAAACUUAAAAUAAGAGUAUGGUGAGUUAGAGACUAUCACUACCAGAGUGGCAUCUUUGGGUUGGGCGGUAAGAAAGGUAAUAUUAAGUGAAAAUCUCAAUGAUGAGGACAAGGGAGGGUAUCUUCCAGGCAUAGGAUACAAACAGUAGAAAGACCCUGAGGAGGGUAAUUUACUCUGGUCAAAGAAAAAUGAAUAGUACAGCUAUAUCACAGUGGCUAAAAGAGCAGUAAGGGAACAAUGAAGUUAAGAAAGAUCAGCAGGGGCUACAGUUAAGAGUCACAUAAGUCUGAAAAUUACAGCACGUAUAAUCAAUGAAAAGCCCGCAGAUUAUUUUUUUGGCCUGGGAAUGUUAUAUAAUCUAUAUCUGAGAAAAGUCAUUCUAUUGAAUGCAGAGUGGGUUAGAAUGGAUUUGGGGGAGGUGAGUGGAAAAUAGGAAUAUAGGUAUAGAAAACAAUUGGAAGGUUAAUGAAGUAGUCCUCAUAAGAGAUGAUAGAGGCUUAUACUAGGAUGGGAAUGGAGGUGGUGAUGGUGGUAGAAGCAGUACUCAUACUCAAGAUGAAUAAAGUACUUGCUAUGUUCCAGCAUAGUUCUAAUAAUUUCACAAGUUUACCAACAAGAACACUGAGAUAUACAGUGAGGUUAAGUGACCUGUCCCAAGUCACAGAAACUGUAUGUGGAGAAUCAGGAUUUGAACUCAGGCAGUAUGAUUCCAGAAUCAGCUAUUAACUACUAUAUACUAUACAGUGGUGAU